AUGCCUAGAACUCCAUCAACCAAUCCCAUACAUCUUCUGAUCCCCCUCUCAUUCUUUGUAUUCGCUAGCAGCUGCAACAACAAUGCCACACCAACAAAUGGUAAUAGUUUGCGAGGAAUGUUCGUCUUUGGUAGUUCUAUCGUUGAUAAUGGAAACAACAAUCAAUUAUUUGGUGACUUUACCAAGGCAAAUUUUAUGCCAUAUGGUAUUGAUUUUCCAUCAGGUCCAACAGGCAGAUUUUCGAACGGAAAGAACGUAGCUGAUCUUAUCGCUAAUCGCCUCAAUCUCCCUCUCAUUCCACCCUUUUUCGACCUUCGAAACAAGGGUGAUUCAAUGGUUAAUGGUGUCAAUUUUGCUUCUGGUGGAUCAGGUAUCCAAGAUGAAACUGGUGCUCUUUUGGGCGUUACAAGUCUUAACAAGCAAAUAAAGAAAUUUAAGGAUGACAUUUUGCCUCAGUUGGAAAGCCAGAUUGGAUGUAAAGCACAAAUAAUACUUCCUCAUUACUUGUUUUUGGUGGGAGCAGGAAACAACGAUUAUUCUUUAUAUUACCUCUUGCAACAAACUCAUAUUUUGUCUCCUUUGGAAUUUGCUGCAAAGCUUGUGACUCGGUUUUCUGCUCAACUCAAGCAACUGUAUGAUAUGGGAGCUAGGAAAUUCUUAUUGCUAUCUGCGUAUCCAGUUGGAUGCAAUCCAGUCUUAACCAAGGAGAGAAAAGAUUGUGUAAAAGAAUUGAAUGAAGCUGUUCAUUUCUUUUAUCAACAGUUGAUGAUUAUGGUUAAACACAAGGACCAAAAAAUGCCCGAGGCUCAAUUUUCUGUUGUCAACUCGGCCAAAAUCAUCCAGGACAUAAUAAAAAAUGCAAAGGCAAUAGGUUUCACUAAUGCUGAUUGUGCGUGCUGUGAAAUGAGCAAGCUAGGUAGUUGCAUUAAGGGGGGUAAAACAUGCCCAAACAGGGACAAAUAUGUCUACUUUGAUGGCCUGCAUCUUACUGAAGCUGCUAGUGCUAUCUUAGCAACUAAGGCUUGCAAUUCCACAGACCACCAUGAAGUUUUUGUUAAUUUACAAAAGUUGACCCAAGUUUAAGAGUUAUAUUUUUCCUAGCUACCAAGCAUUGUUAGGACU